AUGGGCGUAGUUGUUGGUGGGGUGCUCACUGCGCCCCAGCUGCGCCUCCACGGCCUGACAGGGGCCGCAGGCCUCGUGGGCUUUGCCCAGUCCCUGCAUGUGGUCGCAAGAACCUUCUACCAGGCAGAAGAAGCGGGAGAUGGGCAGGCCUUCGUGUCAGGCUGGGUGAGUGCCUCCAACAUUGUCGGCAUCGCAGCGGCUGCCUUCGUGACCUCCUUUGUGGACUGCACGGUUUACACCAACCUCGGCUUCUUGUGUGGCGGGGGCUUCUUGCUGUACGCCGGCCUGAUCCUCCUGCUAACCUGCAGCAGUGCACUGCAGGGUCGGAGGAACCGGAGGAUGCAGAAGCUGCACCAGGAGUCUGCAGAGUCCGAGGCCUCGACACCCAAGGAGGCGGAGGACCUCGAGGCUGCGAUCUCCACUCAAGGCACUUCGCAAGUGUUGCCUCCGCCAAGGUUGCCAGCGGUACCAGCCUCAAGCCAAAAUUCAUCAAGGUUUUCGUGGAUCUCGUGGCAGUUCGCAAAGGUUUGCUUCCUCAUCUUCACGAUGGCCAUCGCCAGGGAGGCUCAGAAGUUCUUGAUUCCCUUGAUUGGCGCCGAGAAUGAGAUCUCCACGAGCUUCGUGGGCAACGUGGCCUUCAUGUCGCAGAUGGAGUCUUUGGUCGCUGCGCCCUUGGGUGGUUGGUUGAUGGAAUGCCUUGGUAUCCUUCCGCUGGUCUUGGUCUCCGU